AUGGCCGACUCUGAUGCUCUAUUGAGCGAUCUGUGCUCAAUAUGCCAUGUGAAUCCGCCAAAAUACCGAUGCCCUCGCUGUUCAACGCGCACCUGCUCUCUGCCCUGUACACGACGUCACAAACUCUGGUCCCAAUGCUCUGGUGUGCGUGACCCAGCCGCCUAUCUCAAGCGCAAGGAGUUGUCUACAGAGUCUGCAUUUGAUCGCGACUUCAACUUCAUCACGGGCAUCGAGCGCGGUCUCGAGCGAGCGGAUAGAGAUGCCGAUAAUCGCGGUAUCGACCUUUCGCGUGAGAUUCAGGGCGAGGAUAUCGGCGAUGACUCUCAAGAUUUAAAUACUGGACUUAAGAGGAAAUACCCACACCGGGGCCUUGUCAAGGGCGAAGCUGGUUUCUUGCGCGCUGCCGAGGCUGCGGGUGUCCAGGUCAUUCGUGCCCCCAAAGGAAUGUCGCGGAAUAAGCAAAACGCGUCCCGGUUACAUCCUAAACAUAAAUAUCUUGCCUGGACCGUGGAGUGGGUUGCAAGUGAUGGAUCGAAGACCGUUCGAAAUGCCAUUGCCGAUACAUGUACUAUAUCCGAGGCUUAUGAUCGUUCCAUUCCCCGUUCAAAGGAUCAAAAUACUUCCACAUCUGACGAGGAAGCAAAAGACGACCAUAAGAACUCGGACAUGAAUAACGCUGAGAGUGAAGUUAUCCCAACACCCACUGAUUCUACUACGGUGACUGGCGAACCGGGAGCUUCAGAAGCACACGAAGCUGCGGUGCCUGAGUCCAAGGUAUUACCUGCAGAAAUUUCUACCAACGUGGUACAGCAGCCACUCGACAAAAGCAACACUCACCGCGAUCUCUAUUUCUAUCUUCUCCGCCCAAGAACUUCCACCAAAAACCCAGUUCUUGCUCCUCUAUCCCCAUCAUCAACUCUGAAUGAAGUUCUCCGCAGUCGGGCUGUUCUUGAAUUUCCCACAAUAUUUGCUCUCUCGGUUUCUCCGGAGACACUUGCAGGACAAGAGACGUCUCCAUUCAUGCUGGAGGAAGAGUAUCUCCGAACUGCGGGACCAGAAGAGAUUGGCAAAUCGACUAGAAUCGAUGAGGAUGUGGCUGGAAAUGAAACACUUCCUGCUUCUGCUGUGAAUCUGCAAGAUGUCGAUGAGGAGCGAGUGCUGGAGGUCUUGAAGCAGGAUCUAUUUGAGGAAGUCCCUGUGACUGAGCCCACCGUCUGA